CCUAUCUACCUAAUUAACCCCCAAGCCACGAUCGAUCAGUCGCAACUCCAAUCCAAACUCCCAUUCACGAUAACGAUCCCUCCCCGAAUGGCAUCUAUGCCUUCUCCUUAAGCUCGGCAAACCAUGAGCUCCUUAGUCUUUCUGGUGUCCUCUCUUGAGGCCAUCGCAGCCUCCAAGGAAGCGCAGAGGAAUAAACAGCUUGCCGAACUGACCGAGAAGGCUCUCAAAGCCGUUAAAGAAGGUGGAUCACAACAACCCGAUCCCCAAGUCAUUUUUGCGCCAAUACAACUGGCCACCAAGACUGGAAGUAGCCAAUUGAUUAACACCGCUCUCGACUCCGUACAAAAACUUAUAUCUUCCUCCUAUUUCUCUAUAAACGUGACCGCAGGUGGUACAGAAGAAGAUGGCUCCGAACAAGCCCCCAUGAUAGAUCGUGCCAUUGAUACGAUAUGCGACUGUUUUCAAGGCGAGACCACACCUGUGGAUGUUCAACGACAUAUCGUACAGGCACUUUUAGCUGCCGUAUUGAAUGACAAGAUUGUUGUGCAUGGAGCUGGGCUGCUAAAAGCCGUGCGCCAGGUCUACAAUGUCUUUCUUCUUUCCAGAAGCGCCGAGAAUCAACAAGCCGCUCAAGGAACUUUGACCCAGAUGGUUGGUAUGGUAUUUGAACGGGUUAAGACAAGGUUGCAUAUGAAGGAAGCUCGUAUGAACCUAGGGAAAUUAAAACAUAGCUCCAGCAACGUUACUUUCGAUCAGUCAGAGUCUAUCAUAAACGGAAACGAUGUUGCUACUGAAGAAGACGAAACACCCGACGAGACAUCUUCCCAAACUACGCCCGAAAUUGCACGUACCGAAUCGACGACCGAAGUAGGGGGCAAGCUCACCCUAAAAGAUCUUGAACAUCGAAAGAGUUUCGAUGAUUCAAAUUUGGGCGAUGGCCCGACUAUGAUCACACAGUUGAAACCACCUAGGAAAACGGCGAGGCGAGUCUCUGAACAAACACAAAGUGAUGCGACGGGUGAUGUAGAAGACACUGCCGAAACCCUCGACGCCGAGGACGAGAUCUAUAUUCGAGAUGCUUACCUCGUUUUCCGAUCAUUCUGCAACUUAUCAACCAAGGUCCUACCUCCCGACCAAUUAUACGAUUACCGUGGCCAACACAUGCGAUCCAAGCUCAUCUCUCUCCACCUCAUCCGCACCCUCCUGAACAACCACAUGCUCGUCUUCACUUCGCCCUUAUGUACUAUUACCAACACCAAAAGCAAUGAGGCGACUAGCUUCCUUCAAGCGAUUAAAUUCUAUCUAUGUCUUAGCAUUACUAGGAAUGGGGCUAGUUCAGUUGAUAAAGUAUUCGAGGUGUGCUGUGAGAUAUUCUGGUUGAUGUUCAAAUUCAUGCGAGCACCCUUCAAGAAAGAGAUAGAAGUUUUUCUAAACGAGAUAUACUUGGCGCUCCUAGCUAGGCGAACAGCACCACCCUCGCAGAAACUAUACUUCAUCAACAUUCUAACUAGGUUUUGCGGCGAUCCUCGUGGACUUGUGGAAACAUAUCUCAACUACGAUUGCGACUCACAUGUCGAUAACAUUUUCCAGACCGUCAUAGAAGACCUGUCAAAACUUGCCAUCAAUCCUGUGUCCGUCACGGCGGCCCAGGAGCAACUAUACGAGGAAAGGAAUUCGAAUCCACAUAGCGGUUCGGAUUGGCAAUUGAAGGGAAUGUUGCCACCGCCAUUGAAUUUGAGAGAUAUUGUACCCCCUAGCGAACCUGAGCCCGAGAUACCCCGCGAGUAUGUGAUUAAGAGAACAGCUUUGGACUCACUUGUCGAGGCUUUGCGAUCGCUUGUUAAUUGGUCUGUUGUUGGACGUCCAGAUGUCAACGGUGCAUCGCGUGAUACCGACACCAGGGCUUCAGUAGAAGACAUCCGAGAAUCGAUCGAUCCUUCAGUUGCCGAUAGCAGUUCUCGACUCGAGACACCUCUACCUCCAUCUACACCCGUUGUUGAUGAUCCAGCUCAACUGGAAAAGGAGAAGGCUCGCAAGACGGCUUUAGCCAAUGCUAUCCGCCAAUUCAACUUCAAGCCAAAGAAGGGAAUCAAACUCCUUAUCCAGGAAGGAUUCGUUCCUAGCGAUAAGCCUGAAGAUAUAGCCAAGUUCCUGAUAUCGGAUGAUCGACUCGAUAAGGCACAAAUUGGUGAAUAUCUCGGCGAAGGUGAACCAAAGAAUAUCGAAAUUAUGCAUGCUUUUGUCGACACUAUGGACUUCACCAGGAGGCGUUUCGUCGAUGCGCUACGACAAUUUUUGCAGUCGUUCCGUCUCCCUGGUGAAGCUCAGAAAAUCGAUCGUUUCAUGUUGAAGUUUGCGAAUCGUUAUGUAAUGGGCAAUCCGAAUGCUUUUGCUAAUGCGGAUACGGCCUAUGUUCUAGCAUAUUCAGUCAUUCUAUUAAACACAGAUCUACACAGCAGCAAGAUUGCUAGACGUAUGACUAAGGAAGAUUUCAUUAAGAACAAUAGGGGUAUCAACGAUAAUGCCAAUUUACCAGACGAAUAUCUUAUUGGCAUUUAUGACGAGAUCGCUGGCAAUGAAAUUGUUCUCAAGAGCGAGCGUGAAGCUGCAGCUGCCACAGGCAACUUGCCUGCACAAUCUUCGGGGUUUGCCGCCGGACUUGGGCAAGCUUUGUCAAAUGUCGGAAGAGAUCUACAGCGAGAAGCAUAUGUACAACAAUCCGAGGAAAUAUCGCUCCGUUCUGAACAGCUUUUCAAGAAUCUAUUCAAGAACCAACGAAAAAAUGCUGCGAAAGCCGGUAUCAAAUUCAUUCCCGCGACAUCUUUUAGGCAUGUUGGCCCUAUGUUCGACGUAACUUGGAUGUCAUUCUUCUCCGCCUUCUCAAACCAAAUGCAAAAGGCACAAAACCUGGAAGUCAACAAGCUAUGCCUAGAAGGAAUGAAACAGGCCAUAAAAAUCGCCUGCCUUUUCGAUCUAUCAACGCCAAGGGAAGCAUUCAUGUCCGCCCUAAAGAACACCACCAACUUGAACAACCCGCAACAAAUACUCGCCAAAAAUGUCGAGGCCUUACGUGUCAUUCUAGAAUUAGGUCAAACAGAAGGGAAUUAUUUAAAAGAGUCAUGGAAGGAUAUCCUCAUGUGUAUCAGUCAACUCGAUCGAUUACAGCUCAUCACCGGCGGGGUUGAUGAAGGUGCUAUACCCGACGUAUCAAAAGCCCGCUUUAUGCCACCCGAGAGGACAAAUACCAGCGAGUCACGCAAAUCCACCGCUUCUACACGGCGGCGGCAAAGAUCCAAUCCAGGUGCUAGAGGCUUCUCUAUGGAAAUUGCCCUUGAAAGUAGAUCCGACGAAGUCAUAAAGAGUGUGGACCGAAUUUUCAGCAAUACAGCGAACCUAAAUGGCGAGGCUAUCGUCCACUUCGCGAAAGCCUUGACGGAAGUAAGUUGGGAUGAGAUCAAAGUCUCGGGUUCUAACGAUUCGCCGCGCACCUAUAGUUUGCAGAAGAUUGUCGAGAUCAGUUACUACAAUAUGACCCGUGUCCGUUUUGAGUGGACCAACAUAUGGGUAGUACUCGGCGAACAUUUCAACAAAGUAGGAUGUCAUAAUAACACGGCCAUCGUGUAUUUCGCGCUCGAUUCUUUAAGGCAAUUGUCAAUGCGCUUCAUGGAGAUUGAGGAACUUCCCGGUUUCAAAUUCCAAAAGGACUUCUUGAAACCCUUUGAGCAUGUCAUCGCCAACUCAAGCAAUUUGACAGUCAAAGAUAUGGCUUUACGAUGCCUAAUCCAAAUGAUUCAGGCUCGAGGGGAGAAUAUCCGAUCUGGUUGGAGGACCAUGUUUGGCGUCUUUACCGUUGCCGCACGGGAUCCCAAUGAGACCAUUGUGAAUCUGGCAUACGAGAACGUCACUCUAGUCUACAAGACGCGUUUUGGCGUAGUCAUUUCUCAAGGUGCAUUUACGGAUUUAAUUGUCUGUCUAACUGAAUUCUCGAAAAACAUCAAAUUCCAGAAGAAGAGUUUGCAAGCAAUGGAAACACUCAAGUCCAUCAUACCUAAGAUGCUCAAGACACCAGAAUGCCCACUAUCGCAAAAAUCGAACUCGACGCCGGCCGCAGAUGCAAAUGCGUUGAAGUCCCCCGAUGCUCUGUCUAGACAACAGACCGGUACUUCAAUCGAAGAGGGUUUCUGGUUCCCAGUCCUGUUCGCAUUCCACGAUGUAUUAAUGACAGGGGAAGACUUGGAAGUCCGGUCCAACGCUUUGAAUUAUUUCUUUGAAGCGCUACUUAGAUACGGUGGCGAUUUUCCCUCAGACUUCUGGGAUAUUCUAUGGCGACAACAAUUAUACCCCAUUUUCAUGGUCCUACGAUCAAGACCAGAAAUGUCCAACGCUCUUAACCACGAGGAACUGUCCGUGUGGCUUUCUACCACCAUGAUCCAAGCCCUUCGCAACAUGAUUAUUCUCUUUACGCAUUAUUUCGACGCUCUCGAAUACAUGCUGGACCGUUUCCUCGAACUGCUAGCGCUGUGCAUAUGUCAAGAGAAUGACACGAUAGCAAGGAUAGGUAGUAACUGUUUGCAGCAGUUAAUAUUACAAAACGUAACGAAGUUUACCCACGGCCACUGGGCCCAGGUCGUUGGAGCAUUUUGUGAACUAUUCGAGAGGACAACAGCUUACCAGCUAUUUUCGGCUGCUACCAUCAACGCGCCAGCUGCGCUAUCCCCGCCACCCAACGGUCUAGGAUUCGAAGUCCCUCUCACGCCUACAAGUGACACAAGCCCAGAUGAGAAGUCUCUAAAGAUCAACGGGACGGACAGGGGCAGUAUCUCAUCGGGAAUAGAGUCCGCUUCAGGCGUCGCUACUCAAAUUCCUACGGAAGACACCGCGCACUCAACAAAUGGCGCCAAUUUCACUCGCCUAGAAGACUACAAACCUGCUUCUUCCCUUCAGCAACAACCCGUAGUGGUGACGGCAGCGCGACGGCGAUUCUUCAAUCGUAUUAUCUCCCGUUGUGUCCUACAACUUCUCAUGAUCGAAACUGUGAAUGAGCUUUUUUCGAACGAUGCAGUCUAUGCGCAGAUUCCUUCCACAGAACUGCUACGAUUGAUGGCACUAUUGAAGAAAUCAUUCCUUUUUGCUAGACGAUUCAACGAGGAUAAGGACCUACGUAUGCGCCUAUGGCGAGAAGGGUUCAUGAAACAACCACCCAACCUUCUCAAGCAGGAAAGUGGUUCCGCGGCGACAUACAUCCAAAUUCUCUUCCGAAUGUUCGCGGAUACGUCGCCAUCGCGUGCAGAGAGUCGGCCCGAGGUUGAGAAGGCUCUAGUUCCUCUCUGUAAGGAUGUGAUCAAAGGUUACCUCGCACUCGAGGAGGAAUCGCAGCAAAGGAAUAUAGUGGCAUGGCGACCAGUUGUGGUGGAUGUUCUGGAGGGAUACUCUACCUGGCCCGAAAAGGAGUUUGGCGAGCAUAUACCCUCGUUCUACCCCCUAGUCGUCGAGUUGUUGGGCAAGGAACUUAGCUCCGACUUGAGAAGCGCCUUGCUCGCUGUUCUAAGAAAAGUUGGCGAGGUCGGAUUAGGCAUUGAGGGUCUACCCAGUGCUCGACGCGAGAGCGUUACUAGUGUUAAUCUUAGCACGGAGAUGCCGAAUGCGGAGUUAGAAGUAGGUGAAGUCGGAAUGGGUGGUAUGAAGGCGUGAAAUAGCUAGCCGAUCGAUCCUAUUACGACGCUAGAUCCUAUUAUCCUGCAGUUCAUAUACUAUAUAUUCAAAACACGACAGAGGCGAAGCCAGCAUGAGCCUUGAUUUGCUAUAAAGGGGUAUUGGAA